GCGUUGGUUGGUUUGGUUUGUUUUCUUGUUCAUAUUUUGUUGAUUUGAUUUGAUUGUAAUUUGAAGAAUAAAACACAGGAAAAUACAAGUAAAAUAUUUGGUCCCUCUACUAUUUUCUUUAGAAACUAUUGUGGUAACGUUUGAGUAAUAAUGGGCACAAUGUCAUUAUCUCAAAUUGUGGAUAGAGUUCUGUCGAGGCGAAACGAUUACUGCUGUGUAUGCUUCGAAAUUCUGCAUGUUGAUGAGAUAAUAACCUUGGAUAACGAAGUUGUCGUAAAUUUAAAUAAUGUAACAAAUCAAGUCCUGUUGUAUGAUGUGCUUUCGACUGUUCUAAAUGACGAGACUUUCAGUUUCGUCUCUUCAUUUAAUUGCUUGUGUUCCAAAUGUGCAGAAAUAGCUGCUACCAGUUACAUAUUUCUUAAAAAAGGUCAAGAAAAUAUGAAUCUUCUUACCAAAGUUAUAGAAGGCAUAUCAAACAGCUUGAUUAAGUCAGACACUUCAAUUAGUUGUGCUUCACUUUACAUAACAUUAAAUACUGAAGACUUCUCCUCUAAACAAAUUUUAGAUGCUAAAGGUGUGGACAAUGUACCAGCAGCAUGUAAUAGAUUGAAAUAUUUGCUUAAUAAUGAGGUCAAAUCUAAAAUUAAAGUGGAACAUGCAUAUAGACACAAAAGCAAGACAAAAAAACGGUCCAAACGUGCAAGUCAGAUACCUCUAGAGAAAAUAUUAUAUGAUCCAACAGAUACUGAAACAAUGAAAUGUAAGGAAUGUCAUAAAAUGUAUACAUCUAUUUGGAAUCUACGUAAUCAUUUCCUACGUGUGCAUGCACCUAAAAUAUACAAAUGUUCUGAAUGUCCUAUGAAAUAUGGAUCUUUAGGCUGCUUGAAAACACAUAAAGCUGAAAGCCACUGUACUGUAGUAUGCAGUGUAUGUGGUAAAGUAUUUCAUAAUAGACACACCCUUAAAAUGCAUGAAUUAGGCCAUCAUUUGCGUCUCGUGUGUCAGAAAUGCGGUAGGAUAUACAAAAAUAAAAAUACAUUCAAUAAACACAUUGAGUUUAAUGUUUGUGGGAAGAAAACCAGGUCAAGCCCAUUAGAUGCUAAAUAUGAAUGUGAUUAUUGUAAGAAAAGGUACACGCAAAAGAUGACACUGCGUGUUCAUAUACAAUUUGAACAUGGAAACUACAAAUCUUUUGACUGUAAAUGGUGUUCAAAGAAAUUCUGGUGCAAGAGUCGUCUGAAUGCCCACAUUGUCAAACACACUCAAGAGAAAAAGUUCCACUGCUCAAUAUGUGACCGUAACUUUGUUACUAAGGAAUCUUUACUGUAUCAUACUCGGACACAUACUGGUGAAAAACCAUAUGAAUGUCCUCAAUGUGAUUCCAGGUUUCUCUCAGCAUCACGGCGUAGUGAACACGUUAGAAGACACCAUGGAGGUGGCACAUUUGAAUGUGAUAUUUGUCAUGGAAAAUUUAAUUCACAAAAUUACUUACAGAAGCAUAAACGCAUUCACUUAUUGCAAGAAAAGAAGGAGAUUGUUGAUUUGAAGAAACCAAUUGAAGUUAAAAAGUUGACAGAAGAUAUAGUAAGCAAACCGAUAGUGGUACAAUCUAAUCAGAUACCUAAUUUAAGUACAGUGUAUAAUUAUAAUGAAAUUUAUUUUGAAGUAGCGAAUGAUGAAUACAACAUAAAAAUGGAGACUUAAUGUGACAUUGUAUAAGGUUGAGAAUUACAUUCUGUUGACAUCAAGGUGAUGGUCAGAGUAGGUAGAAAUCAAAACAAGCAGAAGCAGUGAAAAUGGUUAGCAUUAUUUGUUUGUUGUUAGAAAUCAUUUCUUCAAUAUAAAAGUAUGUUUUAUAUUAAUCAUUUUAAUUAAUGAUCCUAUAUAAAUAGUAUUGUCAAAAACUACGUAC